CUAUCCCCGUCCUGUUUCCCAUGUUAGCUAACUGUCAUGGCGGCUCCCUGUUGCAGGUGUAUUUCACGGUGAGGUUGUUCGUGGUUCGCUGCGGCUGGAUGAGUGAACAGUUUACCUGUCUGAGGUGAGACAAGGAGGCUGCGGAACACCUGCAGCAGGCUGAGGACUUCCUGUCCGUGUUAGAGCAGCAGAAGAAGAACAGAGCGGACUUCACUCAGAAAAAGUUCUAUUUUAUGUUCGGCAGCUAUGAAUGUGAUUCCAUCAGUGAUCCGGGGCGCACGGCGGCUCUUCCACUCUGACCUGCCCUUCCUUCUCUUUCCUGUCCGGAGCUCCGCCCCACUGCUCACCUGGCCACAAAGCAGAAGGUUUGCCUCCAAGCAGGUGAAAGGUCAGAAGAAGGAGCAGAAGAAGAAGAACCCGAAUCCCAAAAUGGACAAACAGGAAGUGGAGAUCCGACAGGGAAUGACAGCGGAGGCGCUAGCUGCAGCCAUGAACAAAGACUUUGAUCAUGUUUUAGAGGCUUUGCUCAACACCUCUCUGGACCUGGACUCUCUGAAUCCGGACUCGGUUCUGGAAGAGAAGUGGAUUAAGGAGGUGGUGACCCGGUCUGGGAUGAAGUUCAGAUGGGCCAAACUGAGUGAGAGCCGAGAGCGACCCAACAGAGACGUCCAGAGGAGACCCAGCAGACCCCUGGCUGACCCGUCGCUCCUGGUGAGUCGCCCCCCGGUGGUCACCAUCAUGGGUCACGUGGACCAUGGGAAGACGACGCUCCUCGACAGCCUGAGGAAGAGCCAGAUCGUUUCCACGGAAGCUGGAGGGAUCACGCAGCACAUCGGAGCGUUUCUAGUUCAGCUGCCUACAGGAGAAAGAAUCACCUUCCUGGACACGCCCGGGCACGCCGCCUUCUCCUCUAUGAGAGCCCGAGGAGCCAACGCCACCGACAUCGUCAUCCUGGUGGUGGCGGCCGACGACGGUGUAAUGAACCAGACGAUCGAGUCCAUCCAGCAUGCCAGGAAAGCCAAAGUCCCCAUCAUCGUGGCGGUCAAUAAGUGUGACAAGCCUCAAGCUGACCCUCGGAGGGUCAAACAGGAGCUACUGGCCCACGACGUUGUCUGCGAGGAGUUUGGAGGAGACGUUCAGGCCAUUCACAUCUCUGCUCUAAAGGACGACAACCUGCUGGCUCUGGCCGAGGCCACGGUGGCAUUGGCGGAGGUUCUUGAGCUGAAGGCUGACCCAAAUGGUCCAGUGGAGGCCCUCAUCAUCGAAAGCCGAACAGACAAAGGCAAAGGUCCUGUAACCACGGCUAUCGUCCAGAGGGGGACGCUGAAGCGAGGCUGCAUCCUGGUCGCAGGGAGUUGUUGGGCCAAAGUCCGCUUCCUGUUUGAUGAGAACGAGCGGGCGGUGACGGAGGCGGGGCCCAGCCUGGCGGUGCAGGUGGUCGGCUGGAAGGAGCUGCCGUCUGCUGGAGAGACCAUCCUGGAGGUUGAGUCUGAGCAGCGGGCCAGAGAGGUGGUGGAGUGGAGGAGUCAUGAGGAGGAGCAGCAGAAGCUCCUGGAGGACCGGAGCGCCAUCGAGUUAAAGCAGAAGCUUCACCUGGAGGAAUACCGACGGGAGCGGGAGGGGCUGUCACAUCUGAGCUGGCGGCAGAGGAAGGCAGCUCUGUACCGGGCCAACAAGACCCGGUUCUCCAUGAGACCCAGCGAGAGGGUGGAGAACAAAGAGCUCAGCCUGCCGCUUAUCAUCAAAGGUGAUGUUGACGGCUCGGUGGAGACGCUCCUGAACAUUUUGGAUGGGUAUGACUCACAGGAGCAGUGCUAUCUGGAGGUGGUCCACUUCGGCAUUGGAGAGAUCUCAGAGAACGACGUCAACAUGGCGGAAAUGUUUGGAGGUUCCAUUUACGGCUUCAACGUGACGGCGAGCCGUUCCAUCCAGCAGCUGGCGGCAAAGAAAGGCGUUCCGCUGCGGCUUCACUCCAUCAUCUACAAACUGAUCGAUCAACUGAAGGAUGAGCUGAGCAGCAAACUGCCGCCUCACGUCUCCCAGAACACCGUGGGUGAGGCAACAGUCCUCGCCACCUUCGAUGUCUCUGUAGGGAAGAAGAAGGUUCCGGUGGCCGGCUGCCGGGUCCAGAAAGGCCAUCUGGACCGACGGCUGAAGUUCAGGGUGAUCAGAGGACAGGACACCGUAUGGGAGGGUUCUGUGUCGGCGCUGAAGCACCACAAAGACGAGGUGCAGACGGUGAAGACUGGGAUGGAGUGCGGCCUGUCGAUGGACGGCGACAUUGACUUCAGAGCUGGUGACAUCAUCGUGUGUUUUGAGGAGCUGGAGGUUCCACAGGUCACUUCCUGGGACCCUGGGUUCUAACCUCUGCUGUGUACUCUGGCAAAGGACAAACUGAUUAUUUCCCUUCUGACUGGAUUGGACUUCCAUGGUCCAGAUCAGAACAUCAGACUCACAGAAAUAUAUAGGAACAUUUAUUAAAAGUUUGGCUUUAUUGAAAACAAUUUGCAAACUUCUGACCAAUCAUCUCAAAUGUUGACACAUCAUCAAUAAAACGAUUCCAAGAUCUGA